CCCAAUCUCUCUUGUUCCUCGAUAGCUCCUUCCCCGCAAACCCUAAAAUCACACGGCGCCAACUCAUCGCCGGUCCCAUUUCGUAUCGCGCUUUCGCCCACGAUACCGGGACUUGAAUCAGCUGGAGACUGGUUUCCAAUUUUGUUUUCGCCUGGAAAAAAAGUCGGUGUAUUUCAGCGAUGGGUCUGAUCAGGAAGGCAGGAGGCGUGGCGCCUCUGAAGAAACGCGCGAGGACGACGGAUACAGAUGAGAAACGAACGAUUCCGGAAUCGAAAUCGAUAGCUGCUGCAUCGGCUUCACUCGCCGCGAUAUGGAGGUCAUACGAGCGUACCGAGGGCAGGUUGGAAGCCUUGUCCCGCAGUCUGGGCUACGUAUGCCCAAUCGGGCCAUUCAGACGGGCGGUGGUUUAUCCAUCUCCGGCCGCGCUAGUGGCUACGCAUGAUUCCGUGUCGGAAAUGGAGAGGGCUUUGGAGCACAUGGAGAGGAGAUUGGAAGCCUUGUGCCGCAUCAAUGGCUGCGCACGCCCAGUGGCGCCCAGGGCUUAGUUGCUCUUCACGAGGUAGUUUUCUUUCUCUUUUACUUUCAGCUGUAGUGUAUAGGGAUUGUUAGUUGUUGUUGAAUGUCUAGAUGAUCUUAAGAUUGGAAUGUGAGACAUUGUAGAUUUAGGGGUGGAUGCAAUAUGAGAAUGAAUGCUUGAAAGUAGAGCCAUUUGUGUUUGAUGGUUGCAUGAAUUGUGGGGAUCAAAGGUGAGCUGUUCUCGAACUCAAGAGAAUAGCAGCAGCCUAAUGUGAGAUUUUGAGCCAAAAGAUUUGAUGAUUUCUUGUUCUGUGCCGUGCUGGUUUGGUUUGCCUUGUAAACUAGAACUUGCAUGAUACUGAACAGCAGCAGAAUAAUGUGAGAUUUCGAUCUUAAAACUGAUGAUUUCUUGUGGGGCAGUAUUGCUUGCAUUGUAAGUCCAGAACUUGCAUGAUUCUAUACCUGAGGUAGUAUUAGGCAGUUAAAGCUGAUAGGGGCAAUUAGGAUCACCAUGUAACUAUAUGGUAUGGCUGUUAUUCCCUUUUGAGCCUUACACUUUCUUCCGAAUUCAUCACAUUCAACUGCAUACCCCGUAAGUGUAUUGACCAUUCGGAAUCUAUCUUCACAAGCAUGUAGUUUUAGGUCGAUUAAUUUGAUCAAUCAUUAAGGUUAGAGUUGCCGUGCAUCUUUAUUGGUUGUUAAUUUGACAUGCUGCUGAAGGUUUAUUGAGAUAAUGAUAGUGGUAACAACAACAGAGAAGUCAGCUUUCAUGUAGUGCAGUGGCUGCUACUGUUGCAGUUGUAUCCUCUGCCCCCUGCAUUCCUGGCAAUUGUGGAAGUUUAGAGGAGGAAGGACAAAAGGCUGGGGAAGGCUCAUAUCUUCUGGGGAAGAUUGGAAAGGGGAUAAGAAGAAACUUUAUUUUCUCCUUUAUUUCCUGUAAGAUAGCUGUUUAAUAUAGAUAAAUUAUGUUCCCUUGGAUGAUAAACUAAAUCUCAAUUUUCUAGGACUUUGGGCAAUGUAGCAACGGAUAGGUCUAUCUAUGCUCUGUUUUCCUAUUUAUGUGUAGAAUUCAUAAUGCUUUGCGUUGAUUGACCACUUUCACAUCAAAAUUGCGGUUUUCUUGGCUAAUACAUCGAGAGAAAUCCUGGCAGCUGAGCACCCUUACAAUUGUCACAUUUGUCGACCCAAGUGAGAGUGAAGUGAUUGAGGAAGUUAGUUAAUUCGACCUUUACACGGUUAGUUCUCUCAUUAAUGGUAGUAUGGAAGUAGAGGGUAUAUUCGUUCGAGUUGGAAGUUACUGCUUUUCACCUGAAUUAAGUGGUGUCGUCUCUAGCCAUCGUCAUUGCACAGCAGAGUGUCUCUGCUCUUAUCCAAUUUGCAAGGAAGGGGUGAGUAUGUGUACAGCAAAGCUCGAAAAGAAAGGCCUAGUUUGUAUACAGUAAGCUUGACGAGAAACCAUAGGGACAAGAAUCAUAAAGGUUAGGAAAAUCAUGGACGAAAGUUAAGAUCAUGAUCUUGCUGUAUUAACUCCCCUAGAAGCAGCACUGAAGGAGAAGAAACUAGCCACAAUAUCAAAAGGUAUACGUGUUCAAGUUGGAAAUUUUACUGCUUUUCACCUGAGUUUAAGUGGUUUCGUCUCAAGCCAUUCUCAUAGCAAAACAGAGUCUGCUCAUAUCGGAUGUCUGCGAAGGGACAGAGUCUGCUCAUAUCAAUUUGCAAUAAAGGCGUGAUAUGUGU